AUUAGUAGUGGCCUUCUCAUUCACCACCAACUCAUCACCAAGUAGACUCUUUUCUUAGCUCCACUCACCCCACCCCCACCCUACUCAAAAUUGUUCUAUUCUUACUUUCUUGAAUGCUUUGUGGGUCCCACCUUUACACACUACACUAAACCCCAAUUGCCAUUUGAAUCUCACCUAUUCAUCAUGUCAUCAAUUAUCUACUAUUACUCUUCCUUGUAUAUCUUAUGCACCCUUCAAAAUGCUAUGUUGCGAAACAUUCAUAUAGUUCACCUCAACUUGUUAGGUAUCGAGGCAUAAUAGUUGUUAUAAUAUUAUUUUCUUCAUAGUAGUUAGAGGUCAUUUUGCCUUAGCCUUUAAAUGAACCUAUGUUAAGGGGAUUCAUUAUCCGUAACAAGCCUAUCAUUUAACGUAUGUAUGUCAUUUAGUUCGAUUUGUUUCGGGCUGAGGCACAAUUAUUAUUGUUGUUGUUGUAUAAAGUAUUGGAAACAAGGAGGAGGAUCAAUUGGAAGCUCUCCUAUGGUUGAUAAAGAAAAUUCAAUGUCCAGAGCCUUUUCGUUGCGGAAUUUUCACUUGAACUUGCUGCUAUUCCUACUUUUAUGCAGCAAUGUUCUCUCCUCAAAUGAUCAUGAUGUUGAAGGUCAUGCUUUAAUUGAGUUGCUGAAGGCUCUGAAUGAUUCUAACAAUAGAAUCACAGAUUGGAACAUUAAUUUUGUGUCUCCAUGUUUUAGUUGGUCUCAUGUUACAUGUAGGAAUGGAAAUGUCAUAUCCCUGAGCUUAGCUUCUAACGGAUUCUCAGGAACACUUUCACCGUCGAUAACCAAAUUGAAAUUUUUGGUUAGCUUGGAUUUACAGAACAAUGAUCUAUCUGGUGCCUUACCUGAUUACCUUAACAGCAUCUCAAAUCUACAAAACUUGAAUCUUGCAAACAAUAGUUUCAAUGGCCCUAUUCCACAAGCUUGGGGUCAGCUCUACAAUCUUAAACAUUUGAUCAUGAGAGGAAAUCACAUAACUGGAACUGUUCCAAAUUCACUUAUAAAUAUCACAGGCUUAAAAGAACUUGAUCUGUCCUCCAAUGAUUUGACUGGAGGUAUCCCACUGCAGUUGUUUUCAAUACCAACAUACAAUUUUUCAGGAACUCAUCUUGCUUGUGGCAAUAGAUUUCAGAAACCCUGUGUUUCUAGUUCCUCUGUUCCAGUUUCUAGCAGAAGACCAAAACUUGAGGUUGCUAUUACUGGUGCAAGUUGUGGUGCAUUCCUUCUUCUCUUAGUUGGGGCUUUUAUCACAUAUCGAUGCAAUUAUAAACGUAAACUCAAACAAGAUCAAUUUUUUGAUGUGGAAGGUGACGUUGAACGUAACAUUUCACUAGGCCAACUAAGAAGGUUCUCAUGGCGCGAAAUUCAGAUUGCAACGGACAAUUUCAGUGAAAGCAACAUUAUAGGACAAGGAGGUUUUGGUAAAGUUUACAAGGGCUAUCUUUCAGACAACACGAAAGUGGCAGUGAAAAGACUCACUGAUUACCACAAUCCUGGUGGAGAGGCUGCAUUUCUAAGGGAAGUGCAGUUGAUCAGUGUUGCAGUUCAUCGGAAUCUCCUACGUUUAAUUGGGUUCUGUACAACCUCUUCUGAAAGAAUUCUUGUUUAUCCGUUUAUGCAGAAUCUUAGCGUUGCAUAUCGGCUAAGAGAUUUAAAACCAGGAGAGAAAGCUCUGGAUUGGCCAACGAGAAGACAGAUAGCAUUUGGAGCAGCACAUGGUCUAGAGUACCUACACGAGCAUUGCGAUCCUAAGAUCAUUCAUAGAGAUCUAAAGGCAGCAAACAUCCUCCUAGACGAUAACUUUGAACCUGUUCUUGGAGAUUUUGGACUAGCAAAGCUAGUUGAUACAAAGCUGACUCAUAUUACAACUCAAGUUCGCGGAACAAUGGGACACAUUGCUCCAGAAUACUUGUCUACCGGAAAAUCAUCUGAGAAAACAGAUGUUUUCGGAUAUGGCAUUACCCUUUUAGAACUUGUAACAGGGCAACGAGCAAUUGAUUUUUCGCGGCUUGAAGAAGAGGAAGAUGUCUUGCUACUGGAUCAUAUCAAGAAACUACUAAGAGAAAAAAGGCUAGGUGACAUUGUGGAUGGAAAUAUGAAAACUUAUGAACCCAAAGAAGUAGAGACAAUCCUUCAAGUUGCAUUGCUUUGCACCCAAAGUUCACCUGAGGAACGUCCGAAAAUGGCACAAGUAAUCACAAUGCUGAAGGGUGUAGGUUUAGCUGAAAGAUGGGCAGAAUGGGAGCAACUUGAAGAAGUAAGAAAUCAACAAUUUUCGCUCAUGUCGCGACAGUUUAUGUGGGCUGAAGACUCAACACAUGAUCAAGAAGCUAUACAAUUAUCUCAAGCAAGAUAAACAAAACAUGCACAGAAAUGUAUGUAUAACUACUUCUGUAAUAAAAAUGCCUUCUUAGUUUUAGCUUUUGCUGCAGCUAGCUAGUUAUGUGUCAUGUAAGAGUAGUUAUACCGUAAGCUACAUAAGGCGCUAAGGCGUCUUUUUUUUUAAUUUACGAUGUAUAUAUAUAUAUAUAUAAAGAGAGAGGGGUCUUUUGUACGCUUUUUGACGAUAUAAUACAUUGAGAAGUAUCCAAAGAACAAAUUCUUACCAAAAUACCCGUGUUAGAUCUCCCUCAAAGGAAAAGUAAA